AUGAAGUUCACAACCAUUAUCACCGCUGUCGCUCUCUUCUGUGCGGGCGCAUUGGCACUUGACAAGCCGUUGAACAUCGAGAAGACGCACUCCGAAGAGUGCGCAGACAGCGAGCGCACAAAGAUUGGCGACAAGAUCUCCAUGCACUACCGCGGCACACUCGAGAAGGACGGCUCCGAAUUCGACGCUUCUUACAACCGCAACCAACCUCUCGACUUCGCCGUUGGCAAAGGUCAGGUCAUCAAGGGCUGGGAUGAGGGAACUCAGGGCAUGUGCAUUGGUGACAAGAGGACGUUGACAAUUCAGCCAGAGUAUGGAUACGGUGAUCGCGGUGUGGGACCAAUUCCAGGUGGUGCGGUGCUCAUCUUUGAGAUUGAGUUGAUGGGAAUCAACGGCAAGACCAAGGCAGAGGCACAGAAAGAGUUGUGA